AAAGCAUGUUACUGACACAGACUAGAUAGGAAGUUUGGCGAAAUCGAAAGCAGAGAUGGCACGUGUGGAUGUUGUUAUAGUUUCAGCAGUCAGAACGCCGAUAGGUGCUUUCAAUGGCAGUCUUUCCACUUUACCUGCACAUGACUUAGGAUCUAUAUGCAUCAAAGAGGCUCUCCAACGGGCCAAUUUAAAAGGAGAGGAUGUGUCGGAAGUUAUCUUGGGACAAGCACUAUCAGCUGGACAGGGACAAAACCCAGCCCGACAGGCCAGUGUUAAUGCAGGUAUCCCAGUAUCUGUACCUGCCUGUGGAGUGAACAUGCUGUGUGGGUCAGGACUGCGGGCCAUAGUAAUGGGGACACAGGCUAUAAAGACAGGCGACGCUCAGGUGGUAGUGGCAGGGGGACAGGAGAGUAUGAGUAAGGCUCCUCAUUGUGUACAUAUGCGUACCGGGACAAAGUUUGGUGAUGUUUCUAUGACUGACACCAUGCUGUCAGAUGGUUUAGUUGACGCUUUCAACAAAUAUCACAUGGGCAUCACAGCUGAGAAUGUGGCUAAACAGUGGGAAGUUACCAGACAGGACCAGGAUAAAUUUGCUGUCAAUUCUCAGCAGAAGUGUGAAGCUGCUCAGAAGGCAGGCCAUUUUAACCAAGAAAUUGUUCCAGUAACCGUGAAAACUAGAGCUGGUCCUACCGUGGUUGAAAAGGAUGAGUUUCCUCGGGCAGGCUGUACACUGGAGGGACUCGGAAAGUUGCGUGCAGCAUUUGUAACGGAUGGUACUGGUACAGUCACGGCUGGAAAUGCAUCCGGGUUAAAUGAUGGUGCUGCCUGUGUGGUGUUGAUGGAGGAAGCUGAGUCAGUAAAGCGAGGCCUCACCCCUCUGGCCCGGGUGGUUUCCUGGGGACAAGCUGGGGUCGAUCCCGCAGUCAUGGGGACAGGACCAAUACCUGCCACCAGGAAGGCGUUGGAGAAGGCUAGAUGGAGCGUUAAUGAUGUGGACUUAUAUGAGCUGAACGAAGCAUUUGCUGCCCAGUCAGCUGCAGUGGUGAAGGAUUUGGGCUGUGACCCUAGUAAAGUAGGUACAGUUCUGGCAGUGGUGAAGGAUUUGGGCUGUGACCCUAGUAAAGUAGGUACAGUUCUGGCAGUGGUGAAGGAUUUGGGCUGUGACCCUAGUAAAGUAGGUACAGUUCUGGCAGUGGUGAAGGAUUUGGGCUGUGACCCUAGUAAAGUAGGUACAGUUCUGGCAGUGGUGAAGGAUUUGGGCUGUGACCCUAGUAAAGUAGGUACAGUUCUGGCAGUGGUGAAGGAUUUGGGCUGUGACCCUAGUAAAGUAGGUACAGUUCUGGCAGUGGUGAAGGAUUUGGGCUGUGACCCUAGUAAAGUAGGUACAGUUCUGGCAGUGGUGAAGGAUUUGGGCUGUGACCCUAGUAAAGUAGGUACAGUUCUGGCAGUGGUGAAGGAUUUGGGCUGUGACCCUAGUAAAGUAGGUACAGUUCUGGCAGUGGUGAAGGAUUUGGGCUGUGACCCUAGUAAAGUAGGUACAGUUCUGGCAGUGGUGAAGGAUUUGGGCUGUGACCCUAGUAAAGUAGGUACAGUUCUGGCAGUGGUGAAGGAUUUGGGCUGUGACCCUAGUAAAGUAGGUACAGUUCUGGCAGUGGUGAAGGAUUUGGGCUGUGACCCUAGUAAAGUAGGUACAGUUCUGGCAGUGGUGAAGGAUUUGGGCUGUGACCCUAGUAAAGUAGGUACAGUUCUGGCAGUGGUGAAGGAUUUGGGCUGUGACCCUAGUAAAGUAGGUACAGUUCUGGCAGUGGUGAAGGAUUUGGGCUGUGACCCUAGUAAAGUAGGUACAGUUCUGGCAGUGGUGAAGGAUUUGGGCUGUGACCCUAGUAAAGUAGGUACAGUUCUGGCAGUGGUGAAGGAUUUGGGCUGUGACCCUAGUAAAGUAGGUACAGUUCUGGCAGUGGUGAAGGAUUUGGGCUGUGACCCUAGUAAAGUAGGUACAGUUCUGGCAGUGGUGAAGGAUUUGGGCUGUGACCCUAGUAAAGUAGGUACAGUUCUGGCAGUGGUGAAGGAUUUGGGCUGUGACCCUAGUAAAGUAGGUACAGUUCUGGCAGUGGUGAAGGAUUUGGGCUGUGACCCUAGUAAAGUAGGUACAGUUCUGGCAGUGGUGAAGGAUUUGGGCUGUGACCCUAGUAAAGUAGGUACAGUUCUGGCAGUGGUGAAGGAUUUGGGCUGUGACCCUAGUAAAGUAGGUACAGUUCUGGCAGUGGUGAAGGAUUUGGGCUGUGACCCUAGUAAAGUAGGUACAGUUCUGGCAGUGGUGAAGGAUUUGGGCUGUGACCCUAGUAAAGUAGGUACAGUUCUGGCAGUGGUGAAGGAUUUGGGCUGUGACCCUAGUAAAGUAGGUACAGUUCUGGCAGUGGUGAAGGAUUUGGGCUGUGACCCUAGUAAAGUAAACAUCAAUGGUGGAGCUAUAGCCUUGGGUCAUCCUAUUGGAGCUUCUGGGUCAAGGAUCCUGGUAACCCUCCUCCACGCCCUCCAGCGGACAGGGGCGAGAAAGGGUGUGGCUGCUCUGUGUGUGGGUGGGGGUAUGGGUAUAGCCCUCUGUGUGGAGAGGAUCUAGAAGGAUUAACACUUAAAUAUGGAACAUUCCUUCAACUCUUCUGUUCUUAACUUGAUGGGGAUAUUUAUCAGGUUUCAGAAUUGGUUUAUGUGGGCAUCUGCUAGUUUUUAAGUAGAGUUUGUAAUUGGCUAAUUGUUCAGUAGCUCAGUUGUGACUGAAUUCACAGUACUUGAUGUAGUGAUAUUUCUGGGGUUUUCACCCCUGUUAUAUGAUAUGACUUGCUUUAACCUUUAAUUAGGUUGAAUCAAUCAAAACUUUUUAUAGAAAGUUUGAUGAAUAUUACUGAUUCUUUGCAGUAUUUGAACCUGUUACACCUCUUAUUCCGUUUUGUUUACCAUAUGAUAGUUACACUUCUUCUUCCUUUUUGUAUACCAUAUGGUAGUUACACUUCUUCUUCCUUUUUGUAUACCAUAUGGUAUUGUCUACUAUCCGUGAUAUGUGACGUUAACUUUAUUUUUUUACCAUAUAUUUAAGUUUUUUUCUGUGUUCUCAGAUAAACUAAGACAUUUAGGGUUAUAACUUGUGUUUUAUUAAUCAUAGGAGUGAUGUAUAUGUGGUAUACUGUAGAUCAGAUGACCGACUUUAAUAUUUCGCGAUUCAAGAUGGCUGCCAUGGCCUUUGAUUGGCUGAACUAUUAAAAGAUAAGUACCAGUUCUAUAAGGAUCAUCCUCGAUAUCCAGGGGUUACGCUCACGUUCACUCUCUACACCCCUGGAAUGUGUCUUAGAAAAUUGAAG